AUGGCCUCCCAAUCUCGGUCGGCUUUGGCCCCUCAUCACGCCGCCAUAAAGGCUCAGAUCCUUCGACUUCUUAAUCCCUCAUCUCCAGAUGAACUCCGACGCUUCCUCGAAGAAAUUUCUAUCCAGCAGGACGUUCUCGAGAAUAUAUCCGACCUGUGGCCCGAUCUACCUCUUGCUUACGACGCCGAAAGGGAGGAACUGGCCGACGAUAGGAAGGAGGUUUAUGUUCUAUACGACGCCGCCCUAGAUGAUCGGGAGAAAAUUCGACGAAGGUGGGAGAGACUGUUGAGUAAGCAUCGGUGGGGACGACAUGAAGUCGACGAGCUCAAAAAAUGUCGAGAGUACAUGGCCAGAAAUGCAGUCAAGAUGGUUGGCCUCUGCGUCGAGUACGCCGAGUUCUCCAGCCAAAUUCAAGGGUUUGCUUGUCUUGAGGAUGACCUCCGUAUUAAACUUGAGAAACUCUACGUUGAUGAGAACCUCUCUACCGCCUCGAAAUUAAGGAGAAUGCGAAAUAUUCUCAAUAUGUUCGCCGAAUCCCGCCCAAGAGCCGAGCGCUAUACGUAUCGCCGCCGGUCGCUUUCCCCUGAUGACGAGGAGGAGGAGUACUGGGCCGUUCCCAAGCCUGAAAUCGUCGAACCCUCAAGAGAUUCGACAUUUGUAGGAGUUUCAUACACGAAACCUCACAGAUCUCGUACAGAUCGACAUGAGCACAAGCGACAUCGUCGUGGAAGGGAAAAGGAGGAGCGCGCAGAGCGGGAUUACAUUCCUGAUUACAGCUACGAAGCUGGACUCCAUGAAUUUGAUGAAAGUCCUCUUCCUAACACAUACCCCAACGAUUCCUCACGACACGCAUUCCGAAGUUCUAGCCACGAUACUUCUUUCCUCUGGCGAUCUACUAGAACUCAAAAGGAGGAUGAGCACAUCCAACCACAAUAUUCAGGUCGCCACUUCUCCCUUUCCUAUACACACCUUCCGCCGCCAGAGGAACAGCGAAGAUCAAGUUCAGGGGCCAAACACCACCGCCCUUCCAGAUAUGAGGAGGAGGAAGAUCCUCGUCGUCAAAAGAGUGGUGGCCGAUACCUCGAAGUUCCAAAGCCCAAGCCUGCGAAACAGUACACUAGCUGGGAAGUCUAUGAAAUUGUCUAG